CCAUUGCGCGCAAAAGGUAGUGGUGGUACUCCAGUGAUUUCUAGGGUUUUUAGUUCUGUGUAGCUUGUAAUCGUUGUUGUCGAAAUCGAUGCCUCGAAGCCUGUCGCGCUCUCCGUCGUACAGGAGGAGAUAUUCUCCGUCCCCUGUGGGUCACCGUCACAGCCGUAGAAGCCGCAGAGAUCGGAGCCGCUCGCCCUAUUCCAAUUCUACCCGGACCAGGCGAAGAAGUCGCUCUCCGAGUCAUAAGCGUCGGAGAACACGGUCUCCAGCUCAUAGACAUCGUAGGAGACAUAGAAGUAGGAGCUCUUCACUGGCUCCACUACCUAAAUCUCGCAGUUCUAGCCCUGUUUCAAAUGAGCAUAAAGCUGCC